GUGUGUGUGUGUGUGUGUGAGAGAGAGAGAGAGAGAGAGAGAGAGAGAGAGAGAGAGAGAGAGAGAGAGAGACUGACAGGUGGUUUUGUUGCUCAUCUGGACUUUGUGUUCCAAUUUGGGUUAAGGACACUUAUUUAUCUGAAGCUCUUUCACGCAGACGCUCUCAAACUCCAGCUCCUCGUCACCAGGCGAUGGUGAGGCCUCGGAAAACUGUGCUAGAGAAGUGAUCAACCAGAUGCACCCUGUGGACGUAGCACCAAGUUUGCAAAUGUAAGCUCUUACGACCUUUUACAGUGUAAAGACCAUAAACAGAGAAAUGGAGAACCUAACAGCGGAAUCGAACGAGGCUUUGCCACUGAAGUGCAACAUGACCGGCAGCCACAAUUUCAUCUUCACCUUUGUACCCUUUGUCUACGCUUGCAACUUCAUAAUUGGGAUGGUGGGUAACAGCAUGGUGGUUGCUGUUAUCUAUCGCUACAUGAAGCUGAAGACAGUCGCCAAUGUGUUCUUGCUCAAUCUGGCUGUAUCGGAUCUCACCUUCCUUGUCACUCUGCCCAUGUGGGCAACAUUCACUGCCUUGGGCUACCACUGGCCAUUUGGAAGUCUUCUGUGCAAGGCCAGUGCAGGUCUGGCUAUCUUCAACCUCUACACUAGUAUAUUUUUCCUGACUGCACUCAGUGUGGAUCGCUACUUGGCCAUCGUUCACCCCAUGGGCUCACGGCGGCGGCGUACGCUUCUCUAUGCCCGAAUUAUCUGUGUUUUAGUGUGGGUUUUUGCCUUCGUUCUGAGCAUGCCUACUGCACUAAGCAGGGACAUCUACAAGGUCAAAGAUCACCCCUCUACACUUUGUGGAAUCUUGAGUAACAAGCAGAUCCACCUUCUGGUGUCUCUCAGCAUUUUGAAGAGUGUACUGGGGUUCCUUGUACCUUUCCUUAUCAUCAUCACCUGUGACUGCCUGAUGGGUUGUGCCCUGUUGAAAGCCAAAGGUUUGCUGAGGAAGAGCUCACGCUCUCGGGAAGACGAGACUUUGCGUAUGCUAGCUGCUGCUGUCCUGGCCUUCUUCGUCUGCUGGGCUCCUCACCAGGUCUUCCACUUCAUGGAGCUUCUGGCAAUGCUAGGAGUGCUGAAAGACUGCCACGUUCUGGAUGUCAUCGACACAGCCAUGCCCUUCAGCAUAUGCCUGGCUUACAUUAACAGUUGCGUCAACCCUAUUCUCUAUGGCUUCGUAGGUCACAACUUUCGCAAGAACCUCCUGAGGUUGCUGCACUGUGAGUCAAGACCUGUUACGAGAAAUUCCAGUAUCAGCACCAAGAUGACUGCUCUGUCCACCAGAGCUUCUCAAGUGCUGCGUCUGUCUAAGAAAGACUCUGAGUAUAACACUAACACCGUGGAAGACCCAAAGACUUAGCACAGUGGGAAGGUCAUCUUUCUUGCUUAAUUAUUUGCCUUUAAGUUUAAAGUUUUUCAAACUAUUAAUGCAUAUUUUACCAUAACAGUUUCAAAUGAAGUGUAGGGUUUUCCAUUCCCUUUCAAUCUGAAAAUGAAACAUAUCCAGGCACAUCCCUUGGAGAAUGGAUGGAAGUUUUGAUUGAAUGUUAAUAGUAUUACACUGAAGGCCAGAUGUGCUGAGUUACUUGUGUGUGAUAUUAGAGGUUCUUUUUCUGCAUCAAAAACCUCAAGUUAUAUAUGAACUGGGAUUCUAAAUACACACCAGGCACACUGGCAAGUGCCUUUCCUUCAUAUACUACACUACAGGCAGUUAGUAGGGGCCAGUUUAGUGUGAGAUUUAUUUUAUUUUGCCAAACUGGGUGUAAAUUAGGGCAUUGCUUUAGUUGUUCUGAACUUCAAUGCCAGUGGCAAAAAAAAACAUUUUACAGAAACUAUAUGUUUCAGUGCUGCUUGUCUAUUGGGAUUAUUUUAUGAUAUUUUGCAACUUUGUUUACAUUACAUAAGUCACAUCACAACUAAGAAAUACAAGACUUUAAAAACGUUUUUUUUGUUUGUUUGUUUUUGCCACCGCUUUAAACGUUGUAUGUAGUCGUAGUUGACUGCAAGAAGAAAGCAGUACAGUUGAAUUACAGACACAAGUUUAUUCUGCUUACAGCACAAAAUAAUUGAUUUGUUUUAAGCUCACUUGAGCUCCUAACCCACUUCCACAAAGGUCACAUCCAGCUCCCUCCAGUCCAUACUCAUAAUAUCUUACACAUUUCUUGACUUGUGUUCAUAACAGCACCAUUUUCAUAACAACUAAGAUAGACAAGAUAAAGAUAAACUUUUUAAGAACCUAAAAUGUCCUAAAUGAACCUUCUUGCUCUCUGUAACAUGUUCAUCGAAACUCUGUCCUGUAUUCCAGUAAAUCCUUGUCUAUUAUUAAUGCAAGGUUAUGUACAUAUUGUGAAAUACCAGUCUAUUAGUGGUAUUACUAAUCAAACUUGGCUAGUCUGAUGGGAAAAUCAAUGUAAACACUACUUCAGGUUGUAGUUAUGUAAGCAUGCAAUCAACCAGUGCAAAGGUUCUCAUAAUGUUUAGUCAGAGAGCGCUUUUCAGACAAACUAUUUAAAAUAUUUAAGUAUGUAUAUGGGUACAAUCAUAUUUGUAUGAUUUAUAUGUAUAAAAAGUGUAAGAAGUGGGGGUGGGGCAAAUGGAUAGCUUGUAUGGGUAGCUUGUAUGUAUUAUAUUAUUGCAUUGUGAGUGUUUUUUUGACCUCUAUUGGUCCAUAAAUCUUCAGCCUCCAUCCAUUACUCAAGCAAAGACAACCAAAUUUCUAAUAUUAGUAUUUCUUAUACAACUGAGUAGCUGAGAGUUAAGGGCCUUGCUCAAGGGCCGACAAGAGGCAGUUUGGUGAACCUGGGAUUUGACAACUUUCUGAUUAGUCUACCAACUAAGGUUCACCACUGAGCUAUCACUGCGCUGCAGUUAUGUUUCUCUAGCUAGCUUAACUCCUACCAACUUGUCCAAAAUUGACAAAAUUAGUUAAUUUAAUUUUUAACACAACUCAAAAUGACGUACUGACUUCUUAAGCAUCAAAUUUUCAUUGAACAGGUUUAAUCGCCAUGUCAAUGAAUACCAUAAACCACGUACAGUAAGUGAAAAAGAAUCAGGUCAGAAAUUGUGAACUAUUCAGAUGACAACCUUCAAAGUAAAGGAUAAUUUGUGGUCACAGUAGUGAUCAUCUUUAAUCAUUUAUAAUCAUCACUUGCUUUAAUCAGGUUGAAUGAAUAAUUACAAAAUUCCACUCAACUUUUUCCACUCAACUACUCUUUUGUGCAAGUAAACGAAACAGUACAGCUUAUCAAACAGGACAGUGCAGAUGUAACCUAAAGCUAGUGCAUGGUUCAGAAUAAAGAUGUGAUGCCAGGGUUAAGCGCUUAGACCAGAUUCAGAGAAAUGACACGUGGAAGAUUAAUUUUAAUUGCGGUAUUUUUUUUAACAUUGUUCUCAACAUCUGAAGAAAAUAAUUAAGCAUACAUUUAGACAUAGAUGCAUCAGGGAUCUACAGGAGAUCUCAUGAUUAAAAAUCAUUCCAUUCUCAUUGACAAUCUCAGUUAAUCUUGUAUAUAGAGGAAUUUGUGGACCACACAGGGGGUACGGUGGCUUAGUGGUUAGCACGUUCACCUCACACCCCCAAGGUUGGGGGUUCGAUUCCCGCCUCCGCCUUGUGUGUGCGGAGUUUGCAUGUUCUCCCCGUGCCUCGGGGGUUUCCUCCGGGUGCUCCGGUUUCCUCCCCCGGUCCAAAGACAUGCAUGGUUGGUUGAUUGGCAUCUCUGGAAAAUUGUCCGUAGUGUGUGAAUGAGAGAGUGUGUGUGGGCCCUGUGAUGGGUUGGCACUCCAUCCAGGGUGUAUCCUGCCUUGAUGCCCAAUGAUGCCCAAAGAUAGGCACAGGCUCCCUGUGACCCAAAAAGUUUGGAUAAGCGGUAGAAAAUGAAUGAAUGAAUGAAUAAAUGUGGACCACACACAAUUUAGAUACAAAAAAAUAAUAAUUUCAGGUCAUAAGAAGUUGGUAUGAUACUCAACACAUAUAAAACACUGAAAUAUUCUCAGCUUUAGAUAGAUUAACUGAAUAUAUUCAUCUUGACCGUGUAUUUAAGACUGCUCACCUAUUGUCUUUCUCUUACUAGUAAAAUUGUCAUGAGUUAGAGUCUGUAUGUAGCUGUAAAUAGAAACUGAUUGUCUUUGUACAUGUUUCAUAUUUGUCAAAUGUGUACAUAGUUUAAUAUUGGUUUUGGUAUUUGUAUUGGUAUUUAAAAUAAGUUGUCUUAGUAACAUGUUAUGUUUUUAUAUAUCAUAAAAACGUUAUCAAUGAAUGGAUUAUUGCGAUGACAAAUGUGUGUAUUUGGUCAUGCAACUUUUGUUUUAUCUGUGUGUUGUAUCUGUGUGUUGUAUCUGUGUGUUGUAUCUGUGUGUUGUAUCUGUGUGUUGUAUCUGUGUGCUGUAUCUGUGUGUUGUGUCUGUGUGGCAGGCUGGGAAAGUUAUAUAUAUGCUGAAAUGUGGACAUUUUGAACAAUCAUUUUCUGAACUGUUUUAGUCUUUUGCAUGGAUCUCUACCAUAUGUAAAGUUCUAGCAAGUAAAAAUGAAGAAAGUCUCAUGUAUGUUAUGUGAACCUCAUUUGCUAUCGAAACGAUCCUCUUCCCGCUUCUGAAGCAAGUACGAGUACGAGUACGCCCUGUUCAGGAAACACACAUGACGACAGGAUCAUGCAAGUAAUAACACAUAAUACUCAAUUAGCUUCAGCAUCUAAUGCUGUUACCGAUGAUGAUAACACAAUUACGCUCAAAUACCAGCUAUUUGUCAUUGAUGUAAAAGUGUGCAGAAAGGUUGCUGAUCUAAAUAAAUAAAUAUGAACAAAAUAGAAAGUUCAUCUCUGAAAUUUGGGUAUUAUAAUUAGGGUAUUAUAUUGUCGCAAUUACAACUUAUGGGAUCAUUUAUGUGCAUCUUUCUAGUGGGAAACUUGUAUUUAUGAUCAUUCAGAUCUGCACUUUAUAUAAAUCCCAAUUUAUUUUAAAGCAGCAUUAUAUACACUAGAUUCUUUUCUUUGGUUCUUUACACAACAUGAUAUUAAAAGAAUGAUCAAAAUAUUUUUUUACAAUUAGUUAUUUAUCAGUAAUGGAAUAUUUUCCACAUUUCAACAGUCUGAGAAGUCAAAGUAUGUUUAUUUUCUAAACUGCCAUACAUUUAAUCAUGUAUCUAUAAAAAUUGUUGUGUUUCCUGAUAAUUAUGAAUCUCAAAUUGUUGUUGUCUCUGAAAGUUUCUUCCUUAAAAAAUACACAUUAAACACUAUGGUUUGCUGAGAGACGUGAUAAAUACCUCUGUGAGAUAUAUGUGCUACCGUACCACUUUUUAUAUUAAAAGAAUAAAUAAAAUUUCAUUGAUGUUUUGUGAA